UGACUUUUAGUUUCGUUUCGAGUCUCGACACUGGCGGUUGUGUGCUGCUGUUUUGUUGAUCAUAAGAAGUGAAUUUAUUGGAGCCAUGCUGCGAUUCAGAUUAGGCCUGCUACUUCUGUGGGCGGUUUCUGCCCUGGCGAACGACAAUCUACGCGUAGCCUACGAGUGGCGGGAGAUGGACUUCAAGUACGCCAGUCCGGACCAGAGAUGGUCGGCCAUCGAGCGCGGCGAGUUCAAGCCGGCCAAUGUGAUACCCUUUGGCCUGGAGGUCGCCGGCCACCGACUCUUUGUCACCCUGCCCAGAUGGAGGGACGGAGUGCCAGCCUCGUUGGCCUACCUUGAUCUUAAUGAUACGUCCAGCAAGGGUCCAGCCUUGAAGCCAUUCCCCAGCUGGCAGGCUCACAAUCUCCAGGAAGCCGAACCGGAAUUGGUUUCCCCUUUCCGUGUGCGAGCCGAUAGAUGCGGACGCCUGUGGGUGCUCGAUUCUAGGAUCUCCGGAGUCCUGGAGCAGACCAAGAUCUAUGGAGCAGCACAGCUGCUGGUCUACGAUCUGCACAAUGAUGAUUUGUUGAGACGACACGUUUUGCCCGCCGGUCAGUUGAAGCAGGGCUCUUUACUGGCCAAUCUGGCGGUGGAGGACUCCGACUGUGAGAACACCUUUGCCUACGCAGCCGAUUUGGGUAGUCCCGGCUUGGUGGUUUACUCAUGGAAGGAUGAGGAAUCGUGGCGUGUGCAGCAUCACUUCUUCCACCCAGAUCCAAUGGCCGGUAACUUCAGCAUCAAUGGCAUUGAGUUUCAAUGGGAUGAUGGUCUAUAUGGACUGGCUCUAUCGAAGCCCCUGGAGACGGGCUAUGCCACAUUGUACUUCCAUCCCCUCUGCUCCACUACGGAAUUCUCGGUGGAUACAUCGAUACUGCGUAACAAGACCCUGGCCACUUCGCCGAUGAUUUAUCGGGAAUUCAAGGUGCUGGGCUCCAGAGGACCGAACACCCAGGCUGGAGCCGAGUUCUUGGAUCCGGAUACCGGGGUCCUCUUCUACGCCCUGCCCAAUCUGAACGAAGUCGCCUGCUGGCGCACUGCCACAGACUUUAGCCACAGUUCCCAGAGCCGCAUCUACAUGAACAAUGAUACCUUGGUGUUCCCCAGUGACAUCAAGGUGGAUGAUCAGAAACGUCUAUGGGUCCUAUCCAAUCAGCUACCCGUCUUCAUCUACGAUGAACUGUACGCCGGCUCAAUUAACUUCCGUAUCCUGACUGCCAGUGUUAAGGAGGCCAUUGAGAAUACAGCCUGUGAAAUUAGAACUUCCCCUCUGCCUGAUGUAAUCAACAAACUGGGGGAUAUUCUAAAUACUAAUAUCAAACUGAAGUCCAAUUCGGCUCCUUCCCUCAGGAACCUUAGCUCCCUGAUUAUGAUUGGCUUCUGUUUGCUGAUGAGCUUUAGAAUCUAGAUUCCCAGAGCGGUACAAAAGUAUCUUGCGGGAAUGUUUUUCAGUAACAGAGAACUUGAAAUAAUUCUGUAAUUUUAGCAUUUUCACUGAUUUCUUAAAUGUACGAAAUAUUUUUAUUUGAGUGCAAUUGUAAUCUGUUAAGAUGUAGGCUUAGAAAACUUAAACGUUGUACGUGAAGUUGAUUAAAUGUAAGAAGUGUA